CUUUCUCUUUCGUCUUUCCCUGAGCUCCAUUUUUCUCUCCAGCGUCUGCUAUCUCUACCAGAGCAAGUCUAUGUACGGAUAUAUCUACAUGUGUAUAUAGUUUUAGGGUUUAUAUGUGCAUGUGAGAGAGGAUAUGCCGGCCAGGGAGAAGAAGCCGAAGGAGGUGCAUUUUAGAGGCGUACGGCGGAGGCCAUGGGGCAGGUACGCCGCCGAGAUCAGAGACCCCGGCCGGAGAACCCGGGUCUGGUUGGGGACUUUCGACACGGCGGAGGAUGCCGCCAGGGCCUACGACGCCGCCGCCAUCAAGUUUCGCGGCGCCAAGGCUAAGGUUAAUUUUCCACUACUGGAGAAGGAUGUGGAGGUCGAAAUCAGGAAAAGGAAUUGUAAUGGAAGUCCGAGUCAGAGCAGUACCGUUGAGUCGUCGAGUCGCGGGGGCUUCUCGCCUCCACCGGAUCUCCGUCUCGUGAGAUUUCCAUUCCAGCAACUUCCGGUCGGUGUGUCCCCUGCGACCGGCACUCCGCCGCCGGCGAACCAUCUCAUGUUUUUGGACUCGUUUUUGCUGUCCGGCGCGAUGAACCGGGCGCUGAGGUUCGAUGGCGUCACGGCAACGGGUUUACGCGCCUCCGCAUGCGGCAGUAGGGCCCACAGCGAUUCCGACUCAUCGAAUGAAAUUGACUUGAAGCACAACGAGGUCAAGCCACGCAGAGGCCUCAGCAUCGAUCUCAACCUUGCUCCGCCGCCGGAAACCGCUUGACUGACUCCACCACUGCCGAUAACCUGAAUAACUAUUUUUUCAUUUCUUUUUUUUCUUUUUUCUUUUUUUUUUUUUUUGGGGGGGGGGGGGGGUGUCAGACACUCGUUGAUCUUCAGUUUUUAGUCUCCUGUAUUUGGUAGAAGAAACCGGUGAGCCGUUUUGAUGUUCAGUGGACCUCCGGUCAACGGUCACCGUCCGAUGCGAAUCCGUUGCUGAUCUCCUUUUUGCAACAGGGAGAUGCAAUAUAGUUUUCUACCUGUUGUUCUUAACAGAGCACGGAUUCUAGUUUUAUGUGAUCUCAAUAUCAAACCCAAUGCUUCUUUGAUAAUGAAACAUCUGAUUGCUAUUUACUUCCCUA